AUGUCUAAUCGAAGUCCAAACGCUAUCGCGAUGGAGCUCAGCUUCCGACGCCACGGCUUGACGGAUGUGGAUCUUCUCAUCGCAGUUGAGGAUUGCAGCAGCUUCAUUUUCGAGCGCUUUGCAAAGCGUGCCGGCAUCAACAUCAUCAUUUGCGACAGCUUGGCAGAGCUGCUUCGAAGUGUCAAAUGCCAGCAGAAGCUGAACUUUCAUCGCCCCUUGGCAGUCAUCGUCGACGACUGGACCUCUUUGCAAGAGAUGCAGGCGUUGCCCUUGCUGGGCCGCGUGCCCUUCUUGAUGGAUGCCAGUGGCGCUGGGAGGAAUUUGGCAGAUUUCGAGCUCGUGGCCUCUUGCAGCUUCAUGGAGUUCCGCAUGGCGCUCUGGGCCUGCUUGAGGCGCUGGGACAUGUACGAGGAGCCAGCCCUAGAGGCGAUGCCUCGCGUGCUUCUGACGGAGCCCUGACCUUAUGAGGUGGGUCGAAAGUUUGACGUCGGACCCUUGGCUUCACAUCAUUGAAGGCUGUGGCUCAAAGAAACGGUACCAAAAUGGAAC